AUGGCCACCUCAAUUGAAGCGGUCACCGAUGCCUUGAGCAGACCCAAAUCUCGACGCACACCUCUCUACUAUGACAUCUCUUCCCUUUACAAGCCCCUCACAUGCCCUCCAAAUCACAGCCUGCUCUUCCUCCCCCUUCAUGUUAUAGCGCCUAGCACUGACUUUCGUUUUCACCCCGGGGCCAUAACAGCACAAAAUCCAGUAGCCGUCGUGCGCGGUGAUACCUCCCAAAACUCGCUUGUAUUUCAUUUCCCCACGCCUCCCGCCACGUGGCAGUCACGCUCUCACACACACACACUCUCACUCCCGUUACCCGCCCGCGCCGGACUUGUCCAUCUCCGUCGGACGUCUGCUGCUGCUGCCCCCCCGCCUUAUCUCGCCGUGCAACGUGCGCGGGCUGCAAAACAGGCCCCAUCACCAUCCACGGCGAAAUCCCACAUCCGCUCCCCUAACUUCGAGCGCUCUGCAAUCAACCAGAUGAUGAUAAUGACAAGACAUCUGGGACGAAAAACAGAAAACUGCUCCGAUGGCGUUAGACUCCGACGGGCGUGGCAGCUCCAGGAUUCGCCGGCGGCGUUAUGUGAAAUGUGCUAUUGA